AUGAACAUUGUUUUUGGACAGCUCGUUGGCGAUUUCAAUGGCUACUUUCUUCCCAAUACCACUGUCACGGAAAGUCAGUUCAAAGCAUCUGUCAACAGGAAUUCACUGUAUCUUGUUUAUCUGUUUAUUGGUAAAUUUGUGCUUACCUACGUCUCGAUGUUCUGCUUUCGGACGACCGGGCUUCGAAUUUCUGCGAACCUGCGACUGGCUUACGUCCGAUCACUGUUUUCGCAACCAGUUAGGAGGAUUGAUGAAACAUCAGCAGGCAUCAUUGCGAAUACUGUUACCUCAUCCGCAAACACUAUUCAAUUGAGCAUCUCAGACAAGCUGCACUCACUUUUCUCGUCAUUGUCCCUCACGAUCGCUGCCUAUGUCAUCGCAUUCAAAUAUUCAUGGGCUCUUACAUUGGUAACGAGCUCAGCGAUAUUGUUUGUGCUCAUUGUUUACAGCAUCACGACGCCUAUAAUCAUCAAACUCGUGCAGCAGAUUGAGAAAGCAGAUGCAUCAGCCGCGUCAAUAGCAGGAGAAGUAUUUAGCUCGAUUCGAACUGCAUUCUCUCUGGGAGCAGAAGCCCAAUUGAAGGAAAAGUACUUUGCAAGUGUCGAGGUCUCUCGCGAGAAGAGUCUGAAAACAUCUCUUCACCUUGGGCUACAGCUUGCGCCAAUAUUUCUCGCCAUGUAUUCAAGCUUUGCCCUUGCAUUUUGGUUCGGCAUCAAGCUCUUUCGCGAUGGCCAUAUCAGCAGCGUGUCCACUGUUGUUACCGUUUUCUUUUCCGUUCUAUUGGUGGUGGCUAUCUUGGGUACUUUGGCUGCUCCAAUCAUGAACAUAACGAAGGCGAUUAGCGUGUCAGGCACAUUCUUUUCUAUGAUCGACGCCGAUUCUGUUUCAUACGAUGGCUUGGAUGAGGCCGAAGUAUCUGCACAUGAAGAUAUCGAGUUCAAAAAUGUCUUCUUCGCCUACCCCACUCGCGCAAAUGUCCAGAUACUGAAAAACUUCGACGCACGCUUCCUGAAGGGCAAAACAAAUGCGUUAGUUGGCCCGUCAGGCUCAGGCAAAAGUACGAUCGUGGCCUUGCUGGAGCGCUGGUAUGAAAUCAUACUAAAUCAGGGCACAAUUUCGAUUGGAGGCGUUGAUAUCAGCGAUAUAAAACUCAAGUGGUGGAGGUCGCAGAUUGGUCUUGUACAGCAAGAACCAUUCCUCUUUAAUGACACCAUCUUCAAUAAUGUGGCAUUCGGCUUACUCGGCACUAAAUGGGAAGAUGCUGAUAUUGCUACCAAACGGGAAAAGGUUGAGAAGGCAUGCGAAGAAGCCUUUGCAGAUGAGUAUAUACGACAACUUCCAGAGGGAUAUAACACUAUGGUAGGCGAGAGUGGAAUCAAAUUGAGCGGUGGACAACGUCAACGUCUUGCAAUUGCAAGAAGUAUCAUCAGAGAGCCAGCCAUCCUCAUUCUUGACGAAGCUACUAGUUCGAUCGACGUUAGGGGCGAGAGGAUUGUCCAAAAGGCCCUAGAACGCGUGUCACAGAACCGAACAACGAUUGUCAUCGCCCACAGACUCUCGACCAUCCGCAAAGCAGACAAAAUCAUCGUGAUGCGAGAUGGUCGAAGUAUGGAAGAGGGAACCCACGAUCAAUUGUUGUCACUGCCAGACGGGAUAUAUGCAGGCCUUGUACAAGCGCAACAGCUCGAGAAUGAGUCUGCCCCCAAAGAUGACGAAGUGGACGAAGCCGACGACUUGGAUACUUUAGUGAGGAAGGGGACGAUAACGUCCUUAAAGCAGGGUGUCAGCGACGAAGCUUUCUCUUACAAAACAAGAGGCUUCUUCAGGUCUUUUGGACUUUUCCUUUACGAGCAACGACGCCAUUGGAAGCUCUAUUGUUUGGUCAUUCUUGCUGCUAUGGGAGCUGGAUCCGCAUUCUCCCUGCAGUCGUGGAUAUUCGCAAAACUCAUCGAAGUGUUCCAGUUCACGGGCGCAAGAUUGAAGGAACGAAGCGAAUUCUGGUCGCUAAUGUUCUUCGUUCUUGCUCUCGGUAUCUCGGCGUGUUAUUUCAGUUUGGGUUUUGCGUCUAAUCAUCUCGCAUCUAAUAUUUCGACAUAUUAUCGCCGAGACUAUUUCCAAAACAUGCUCUCAAAUCCUGUCUCCUUCUUCGACGAAGAAGAAAAUGCUUCAGGAGCGCUAAUGUCUCGGCUAUCCACAGACCCCAAACAGCUCCACGAACUAAUGGGCUUAAACGGGGUGUUCCCUCUGGUUUCGAUCUUCAACAUGACUGGUUGUAUUGCGAUAGCGUUCUCAUUCGGUUGGAAACUUACGCUCGUGACUUUCUUCUCCGCACUACCUGUCAUAUUUAUCGCCGCAUUCGUACGGGUUGGAUACGAGCUCAAGUUCGAAGAAUGGAAUGCGCAAGUGUUCGCCCAUAGCUCUCAGUUUGCCACUGAAGCCAUUGGCGCAUUUCGUACGGUGACCUCCUUGACCAUGGAGGAUUCUAUCAUCAACAAAUACUCUGAUCUCUUGCAAGCCCAGAUCCGAAAGGCCACGAAAAAGGCAUCAUAUGCGGCGCUCGUUUUCGCGUUGUCAGACAGUAUCGACCUUUGUGUCUUGGCCUUGACUUUCUGGUAUGGAGGCCAAUUACUGGCUUCUAAAGAGUACAACCCUGUUCAAUACUUCGUUGUAUAUAUUGCUAUCGUCCAGGGUGCACAAGGUGCCGGACAGUUCUUCAGCUUUGCACCCAAUAUUGCCCAGGCGUCUGCGGCUUGUAACCGUAUGUUGAAACUACGUGCUGAGGUCGGCUACAGAGUCAGGUGUAUGGUUACUGGCAAUGCUCUCGUACCAUCAGAUGUCAAGACAGGCGCAAAGAUCGAAUUUACCGAUGUUGCUUUCAAAUAUCCGACGCGCGAGAGCCCCAUCUAUCGCAAUCUGAACAUUUCAAUCGAAAGCGGCCAGUUCGUUGCCUUCGUCGGCCCCUCUGGCUGCGGUAAAACGACAGUGAUUUCGCUGCUGGAGCGAUUCUACGAACCUGUCUCCGGGUCCAUUCAGUUCAACGGCCAGAACGUCACUGGAAUCCAAAUAGCAUCCUACCGCAAAGCCCUGUCGCUGGUAUCACAAGAACCACGGCUAUUCGAUGGUACGAUCCGAGAAAAUCUCGUUCUCGGCCUCGACUCAGCCGAAAUCACGGAUGAGAUGAUCACCAGCGCCUGCAAGGAUGCCAGCAUACAUGACUUCAUAGUCUCGCUGCCGGAUGGCUACUCCACGUCGCUGGGUAUCAGCACUCAGACCGCACUGAGCGGGGGCCAGAAACAGCGCUUGUGUCUAGCGCGAGCACUCCUACGGAAUCCCCAGCUUCUCCUCCUGGACGAGGCGACUUCGAGCCUCGACUCGCAGUCGGAGAAGCUCGUGCAAGCGGCGAUCGAGCGCCUGGUCGGGCAUCGCAGCAUGACCGUCGUCGCGGUGGCACAUCGUCUGGCGACUAUCCAGAAAGCAGACGUCAUCUUCGUCUUUGGUGAGAGCGAGGUCGGCCGAGGCUCGCGGAUACUCGAGCAGGGCACGCACAAUGAGCUCUUGAGGAGGAGAGGCGCCUACUGGCAGAUGUGCCAAGAGCAGGCUCUCGACCGAUAA